CACCUACACACACGCACAAAUUGUCGAUUUGAUUCCAAAUGGGCUCUGACCAAAUUGAAGCGAAUUCAACUUUAACAAUUGAAGAAAAAAGAUAUAUAUUUUCACUAUAGAAUCAAAACAGGAAUAGGAGGAUACGGACAAGCACACCCCCUACAAACUGCAAGAUUUUCUUGAAAAGCGCUGCGGAAGUGUGCUAGCAGCACAACACACACACAGAGAGAAAGAUGGCUGAUGAUAUUCCAUGUUGCGAGAGCAAGUUUUUUCUGUUUGUGCUGAUAAUCAUAGGGCUGGUGGCCUUUGCUGGCCUCAUGGCUGGUCUGACUCUUGGCCUCAUGUCUCUUGGCCUUGUAGACCUUGAAGUUCUCAGCAAAUCUGGCCGCCCCCAAGAUCGCAUACAUGCCUCUAAAAUACUUCCGGUGGUGAAAAAUCAACAUCUUUUGCUUUGCACACUCUUGAUUGGCAACUCUCUGGCGAUGGAGUCACUUCCCAUAUUCUUGGACAAGCUUGUGCCUCCAUGGGCAGCAAUUCUGGUUUCGGUCACACUCAUCCUCAUGUUUGGUGAGAUAUUGCCUCAAGCAAUCUGUACUCGCUAUGGAUUAACUGUUGGAGCAACUACGGCACCAUUUGUUCGCCUUCUUCUUUGGCUGUUCUUCCCGGUCGCUUAUCCAAUUAGCAAGUUUCUGGAUUGGAUGCUCGGUAAGGGGCAUGCUGCACUAUUACGUAGAGCUGAGCUGAAAACUUUUGUUGAUUUCCAUGGCAAUGAGGCUGGGAAAGGUGGGGAUCUGACGCAUGAUGAAACGACAAUAAUUGCUGGUGCACUGGAAUUGACUGAGAAGACUGCAAAAGAUGCCAUGACUCCUAUAGCGAAGGCAUUUUCUCUUGAUCUGGACGGAACUCUUAAUUUGGAGACAUUGAAUGCUAUAAUGACAAUGGGCCAUAGUAGAGUUCCUGUUUACUAUAAAAAUCCAAACAAUAUCAUUGGACUCAUAUUGGUUAAAAAUCUUCUGGCAGUUGAUCCUGAUGAUUCAGUUCCUCUAAGAAAAAUGUUAAUAAGGAAAAUUCCUCGGGUCUCAGAAAACAUGCCCCUUUAUGAUAUUCUGAAUGAAUUCCAGAAGGGUCACAGCCACCUUGCUGUUGUCUAUAAGGAUUCAAAACAAACGAAAGAGACAUUGCAGAAAACUAAAGAAGAUAAUCAGAACUUUGCAAUAAAAUCCAUCUCAAAUGAAUCUGACUCCAUCUUCAAUAAGGCUGAUGAUCAAGUGAAGAAAAGUCCUCCAUCUACUCCUGCUUUCAAGAAGAGACACAGGGGCUGUUCGUUUUGUAUUUUGGAUUUGGAUACCUCUCCGAUUCCUGAGUUUUCACCUGAUCAAGAAGUAGUUGGUGUUAUUACCAUGGAAGAUGUCAUUGAGGAACUUCUUCAGGAGGAGAUACUGGACGAAACAGAUGAAUAUGUGAACAUACAUAACAGGAUAAAGAUUAACAUGAAUGCUUCUCAGGAUAAGGCUCCUCAGUUAAACUCCAUUCAAGCUUUACCUCCAACUUCAGCACCUCCUCUUCAAUCAGUUGCUUCCAGUACUCCACAAUAGCACCGACCGCUACAUCAACACAUAUACAUGUCGGUGUGGUUCUAAAAUGGGCUCGAUCCAAUUUAGCCGUUCACCAUCAGAUCAUAGCGUGAUUAGUGAUCUUGAUCAAGGCCCUAUUAAGUCCGUCCACCGUUUAAUGACCUGCACAUAUAGUUCCCAAAGACAAUUUGUAAAGAGUCUCAUAAGUUCCAGUAGUUCGGAUCGGUUAUUUCCUGGUAAUGUGAUAGUUAAAUCAACUCUAAAUCCAGAACUUAGUCUUAAUGACUUUAUUGCUGUAGAGGUAAACAGUGGCCUGGCUGGAUUCAAGUUUAAGCUGUUGAGCAGCCAAGAAUGUGCUGAUGUUGUUGCUUGAAGUUGCACUGUAGAGCUUUCAUCAAGAAUCUAUGUCAACCUCAUGCUGCAGUUCGGCUAAGCCAAUAUGUCAAAGUUUUCAUUUGGGUAAAUUAUAUUGAUAGUCCUUGAAGUUAGGUUUAAUUACACAAAUAUUUCAUGUGUUUCAUAACAUUACAGUACACUUCUUGAGGGGUUUUGCCUUUAAAUAAGAGCUGUACUUAUAAUUAUAAUUACAACCUGAAGUCCUUAUGGGAUGUAUUUAUAAUCUUGCAAAUGUUAGGAGGGUUUGUGUAAUUAGGUCUAACUUAAGGGGUGAGAAUGUAAUUUAUCCUAUAUGAAUAUACAUACUAUUUCGGACGAUAA